UCAUCUACUAACCCUAAAACAAGGCUGCAGCUGAAGUUUCUCAGGCUGAAAAUGGAUUCGUCAAAUAACAGUGAAUUUGAAAUUGAUGAAAUGGAAGCAGAAUAUGGGAAGUUUCUGGAUCAAUAUGCAAAAAAUUAUGACUCUUACGAUGCUCAAGGAUCAAAUCAGACUAAUCAUGACAUAUCCCCUGUUGAUAACAAUAUAGAACCAUGUCUUGAAAAUUUCUACGGUCAAACAUUUGGUAGAUUGUCAAUUAGUGGUCAACUAAUACAAUCAUAUGUUUUUGAAUUAACACUUGCUCAACUAAACAAGGCAACAAAGACACAAUUUACACUACCUUCUGAAUUUAGCAAUUAUGUAAGGCAAUACAAUUUUCAUAAGCUGGUUCUACAAGUACCAAACAAGAGCAGUUCAAUUGUUCACUUAAAAUAUCCAGAAAAUCAUUCGGAGAAUGUCAAAAUUGCAAGAGGAUGGAAAAAUUUCUGUUUGGCCAACAAUAUUGAAUUAGGAGAUAGAAUAAGUUUUGAAUUCAAAGAUAUAAACUUAAAUGUUUGUCAGGUUUCCAUAGUUUAGACAACCUUUUAUGCUACAAUCAUAACUUUUAUUUGCUAAGUAUUUGAUAUUCCUCUAUAUGGUUGUAAUGGCUUUAAUAUUAAGUUAUUGUUUUAUUUAACUAUUACAGCAAA